ACUGAGGCCUCCGUUUCAGAAUCUCAGUCACGAUUCGAGAAACCAAGUCAACUGCACAGAUAAUGCGGAAGAGUAGAAGGGACUAAACUAGAAAGUAAGAGAGAGAGAAAAAAAAAAGAAACUUGCAAUUGCUAAAGAUAAGGGAAGAUAAGCCACACAGGUGAGCCACUGACCACUUUCAGUCCAGCAACUCCGUGAAGACAGCAGCUUCCCGUCAUGGAGCCCCGCACGCUGGGACUGAUCACCUGCCUUCCUGUUGGCCAGCCUGUCCGCCGUGACGUGGGCCACCGUUGACCACCUGAUCCUCCAUGACUGCAUGCAAAAUCAGACGCGGGAAUACGGACGACUGGUUUCCCUUACACUAGACCCAUAUCCACCUCAGCUACCCGGCAAGGUGACUGUCUCGGCCACAAUCCAGCUUGACAAACCAGUGGAAGGACAUGUCAGAAUGGACCUGCAGAUCGUGAAGAAGCUAGGCUUCCUGGGAUAUGCCCUGCAGAUUCCUUGCAUCGGUAAUGUUGGCACUUGCAAUUAUACCGAUGUCUGCGCUAUGCUGAGAGGCGAAACACCUACAAAACCACCAACCACUACCACUGCCACCACCGCCACCACGGCACGCACCGUGGCUACCCUGGCUUCCUGUGAGGGAUGCUCUCAGUCGGAGACAGUGCUGACCAAGGCGCAAGAUCUUUAUUCCACGGAGACCUCCACUAUCUUGACAAGCUCCGCUGAAGGCGAGGUCUCGGAAACGAUUCGAGCCGGGGUGACGACACCGUCGUCGUCGAGUGUUGACACCUUAGCCACGCCUGGCACCGAACCUAUCAUCAACGUCGAUAGUGUUCAGACGACCGCAGUGUAUGUCACAGACGCUGAAGCUGACGAGGGAGACGCGCUACCUAGCGACGGUGUCCCUGUCGUUGAUGUAGACGGCAGCCAGAUGACGUCACAGCCUGUUGAUACAGCAGCCACCCACUUGACCACGGAAGCAACCACCUCGAUAAAUGUGACCCCUGGCAGCAGCCUAGGUACAGCACAACCUGAGGUGACCGUUGACGAGACCACUUCCGGGUUAGCCAUUGAAAUGGACAGCACAACCCAGCGGCCGUGCCCAGAACUCAUGGUCGAAAAUAAUCUGCCUUGCGCAUGUCCCUUUCAGCCUGGGUCGUACACGCUUCCUCCGACAAGCUUCAACAUCCCUGACCUCGGCAUUUUGUCGUCCCUUGCCAGGGGUGACUACCGCGUAAGAAUUCGCUUCUUCGACAUGGACACAGGGGACAUGCUGGCCUGCCAGCAGGUGGAGACGACCAUUCGCGACCCGUGCUCCGGUACGGACUGCAUUGUGGGUUAGCAAGGUGUUGAACGUUAGAGACCUCGUUACUGGAUUCGAUGGAGGUUGUUGGGGGUUAAGGGAGUUCUCCUUUUCCCUCAUUCGUCAUAUAUUUCGUCUUAACGUUAUUGGUAACGUAUGGUAGUAAAUGUUAACAGUUGACUGUG